CUGGAGGUGGGGGAUGCGCCCGAAGAGACAGUCUAGGCCGAGUGCCUCGACGUGUAUAAAUACAAGCAGUCGGCUUCGUUCUCGCUUAGUCGCUGCGAUACUCGAUUCUCGUGACGGCAUGUCGAUUCAAGUGUGUGUACCCUGAUAUCUCGAUUUAUCGCAAUCGGCUAUUGUCGCGAAGUGUAAGCAAAGUAGAUGCACGCGUGCCCGCAAUCCGAUACGUUUUAUAAUAAAGUUACGAAAAAGAAAAAGAGAGAAAAAGUGAGAGAAAGUUGCAUGUUUUUUCCCCCGAUUACGCACUUAUCUCCUUCUUCUUUUAUACAAGACGCACAUCCUACACAGUCACAGUUUCAUCAAAGUAUCGAAAGAUUGCGCGUGUCACGUGUUUCUCAUUGUACUCGAUCGCGCGCUCGAUUUUGGUCUAUUGGCAUUGCAACAACGUCACGUCGGUAUCGCGACGGGAAAAGAAGUGUGUUCAACAUUGCCGGCAUCAUUGGACCAAAUAUCAAAUUCUCUAUAAUUCGUUGCCACGGUUUCAGAAGAAAACGAAUACCGUGGUUUAACGUCGCUAUCAGAAAAUCGAGUCAUUAACCUAAAAACCGUUCCUCUUUCGACAGAAAACGGAAAAAAUGUUCGUAGUUUCAUCAUAGAAAUCGUAAAAGAGAAGAAAGACGAAAUUCAAUUGGAAAGAAAAAGUUUAUCUUUUUUCGCUAAAGACGUUCGACAAAUCAUCAAAUUCAUUUCGAGUGAUUCUAGAUACAUUUCAGCUUCAAACGCCUAGGACCUCUGACGGUUUGAGAACGAAACAAAGGUCGAAUUGUUGAUGUCUUUAAAGACGGGAACGAGUUUCCAACAAGGGCUCUCGACUUACUAGAAAAUAGAGAAACAAACUACAAGCAAAAGCGCGAGGUAGUCGGUCGACCACCGUUGGCUGGUUCCGCGCACGAUUCUCUUGGGUCAACGAUCUGUUGGUGGAUCUCACACUUGAGCUGUUCUUGGUAUACACAUACCUGCGGACAGGUCCGCUCGAUACGAUAUAGGUUCGUGUUCAGUCGCGUUCAUUGGAUAUACGCGCGUAUUCGUUCCGAUAACACGUUUCACGAGGAGUGAAAAGGCGGUCACUCGGUACGCCGCCGUGGCUGCUUUCACCGGCGAUGGAAUAAUGCCGAUCAAGCCUUAACGGUACGCAACUCAUGCCUUCUCAUAUUUUCCUUGCAAACAAAAAUGAUCGCGGAUCUCGGGUGAUUACGGUGUGCAGUGUGUCGCGAGAGUUUCGAAGUGGUUUUAUUCUUCAUUGUUAAUAUAGUGUCGCGAGUGUCUCGGUGUUAUUGGUUACUAGAUAAUAUAGUGAAACGUGGAUACGCUUCGUUUAGCCGAAUCUGGUGCCCGCUUCGUUUCGAAGAUUUCGAUCGAUUCGGUCACAUAGCAUGGAAACCAAGAUGUAUAUCAGCAAUGAGCCACAGAACAACGGUCAUAUAACUGCCAAAUACGCAUCUACAAACUCGAUCCCGUCUAUAAUGGAGAAAGAAUCGUCUUUCGCUAAACUUAUUGGCGCUGUUGGCAGAAGGGACUCAAACGCUAUAUUGCGCGACAAUAAAGGAAGAAGGCACAGUGUGCUUGAAGAUUUAAAGGCGCGAAGAGAUAGUUUAUUUCAAAAGGCAAGACGCGGCAGCGUCGUAGAAGAAAAAGAAAAUACGAAACAAGUACAGAAAGAGAAAAGACGUGCUAGCGAGAGUGGCAGAAGGUGUUCGGUUUUCUACGUGUCACAGGAUCUCCUCGAGGAAAAUCAAGAAUUGCUCGAGAAUGAAAGAAUACAGGCGGACCUUGAGGGGAAGAAGGGUCGCAGAAAAUCAUGGCAUAUUCUUGCAAAACCACCGAAACUCGAUCGCAAAAGAAGAAAAGGGAUCGCUGGCGUCCCGUCACCGUCACAGGUUGGAAGCACGGAUGGACUUUAUACACAAGCCAGACAGAAGAGGCCUUCCUGGUGGAACAUAUUCGUACCUGAUUCCGUUGUGAGGUCCAGGCGAAUGUCCCAGGAUAUCACCCAUUCGAGAUCCACUGAGAAUCUCACAGUACCAUAUUUCAGGAGCAAGAGUCGUAGCGUGGAUCAUGGAUUCGCGACGCCUUUCGAUUGGGAUUCGUCGAAGAACAAAGUCGAUCAAGGACGGUUCGAGUCGGUCGACGAGUUCGCAAAGGAUACAGAUAGCGAAAGCGAGGAUGGCUCGAGAACGAGGUUAAACUUCAACAUCAUCCCCUAUACGGUGGGCGAUAGAGACACGCUGACGUCGGUGGCCGCGAGAUUCGAUACAACGCCAUCCGAGCUGAGCAAAUUUAACAGGCUCGGAAGUACUUUCAUUUACCCUGGCCAGCAGUUAUGGAUACCCGUGGAAGGAGAAGGUCAAACAAAAGGCGGAACUGCCGACGCACCUAGUCCGGAUCCUUAUCACGAUCAUGAGUCCCAGGAUGACCUACCUCCAGAGGAAAAAGAACUUUUGGAUAACCUGAGGCCUGUAUCACCCAAAUCAAGCCAUAUGGAAAGAGUAAAAACACCUCUUGGUGUUACAAAUACAGUUAUAGAAGAGGAAGAACAGCCAUUCAAAGAAAGAUUUCUAAAAAUUACUGUUCGUCAUAUCACAGAUGGUCAGGGUGUUGUUGGUGGAGUGUUGCUAGUUACACCGAAUGCAGUAAUGUUUGAUCCUAAUGUCUCUGAUCCUCUUGUAAUUGAACAUGGAGCUGAAUCUUAUGGUGUUAUUGCACCAAUGGAAUUUGUAGUGAAUGCUGCAAUUUACUACGAUAUCGCGCAUAUGCGUGUUGGACAUACGGAAUCUGGAAAUUUAGAUAAGAAGCCAGAAAUUUAUUAUAUGAAGAAACCUUCGCAAACUGAGAAUGUGAAAUGUCAAUCACCAGAAAAGGAGGAAAAUUUUCCGGAAUUAACAGCGGAUGAUGCUGAAAACGUAUGCAGUUAUACCGAGAGAGAUGGAGACGCUUUUCCAAAGGCCUUUGAAAGAGAUCUUGUUACUCCUACCAAUCUCCAAAAUGAAGAAGAUACAAUGACAACCAAAGAAAAAGAGAAGGAGAAGGAGAAAGAGAAAGAAAAGGAGAAAGAAGAGAUUAAAGAGGUGAGCGGUGGUGGUCAAGCAAGUAGAACGUUAGAGGAACGUAGACGUUCUAUGCUUGACCAUCAUUGGCCAGUUCCUAGUAAAGAUCAAUAUCCAUGGCCAGUUGAAGAUGAACAACAAGAUUCUUUAAAUUCUGACAAAACGGAUUCUGCGAAAUCGAAGGUGAUUCCCGAAGGUGAAGAAGGAUCUCUAGUCAAACUGUCAUGCCACGACUCUGGUAUUGACAUACGUGACCCUAAUCCCCCUUUCCCAGUAGUUCAGCCUAACCCUACAAAGAAAGUAUAUUCAGACGCAGAUAUUGUCUUAUCUUCAGAUUGGGUCCCUCCUAUUACUAUUGCUCCGACGAACGUAACAACUGAUUCGCUAGAUAGUGGUUCUGCUAUUAACGGCAGGAAAAAGGCGAGUUCAGUGUCUUUUAGCUUAGACAGUAAUGCAGAGGAACCUGAGAAGGAUGAAGAACAUAAAGAUGACGAUAAACAAGAGACUCGUAAAAAUAAGAUGUUAAAACGAUUAUCAUAUCCUUUGUCAUGGAUGGAAGGAUUAACUGGCGAAAAAGAAGAUGAUAAAUCUGGAUCUGAUAAAGUUUCGAGCCUUCCUAAUAGUGCGGAUUCUCAUCAUUCAUCAGUUUUCAGCAAAGUUUUCUCAAGCUCGCCGAUCAACCUGGUGAGUGACUUUAGCUCGGGCCUGUUUGCUAAAACUCCCAGCGAAGAGAGCGGUGGGGGCGGUAGAGCUGGAGGAACACCUCCGCUUACCGCCUCCUCUCUCUCCCAGGACUCCAGCAAUCCUCAGAUUUCACCUGGUCCAGGAGGGCUUAUAGGGCGGUCUUCCGUGGGCACGUUCAUCAGACAGCAACCAUUGACAUCGUCAGGUAGCAGCAGCGUGGACAGUAGUCGAGGUAGCAAAACUUCGACAACGGCUCCUCGAUUGGACUAUCGUAGUAUGGUCUCUGUCGAAGAUAUGCCCGAAUUGUUUGUCAGUUUUGACAUCCAAGCACCUAAUUUUCCCGAACUCGAAGGCCUCGAACUUAUACCACGACCAGCCCAUUCUUGCGAGGAUCCUCCAUUGUACCUGAGACUGCGAACCGGAAGACCUAAAGAUAAGAAAAUUCCACGCUCGACGCCUAUUAUGAGCUACGGGAAAAAGAAAUUACGGCCUGAAUACUGGUUCAGCAUACCCCGUAAUAGGGUAGACGACCUCUACAGGUUCAUCCAUGCGUGGGUGCCCUCGCUUUAUGGAGAGCUCGACGAGAAUUAUUGGCGGGAACGUGGGUACAUCCUGUUGGACACCGACACGGAUCUGUCGCCCGAAUUAUCGGGUGUACACGAGGCUGGAAAAGCAGGGGAAGGAACCACAGAGGAAGGAAAAUCUCGUCAGGACAGCGACGAGAUAUCCGAGCUGACGAGAGAAUCAUGGGAGCUGAUCAAGGCCCCCUACGUAAAGCUGUACAGCAUCCUGAAGACGUCGAGCACAUCGGCGGAUUCCGAGCAGAACCAGGACCCGGAGGUAUUGUCUAUGAGCGAGGAGCUCAGACGAGCUUUGUACACAAACAGUGCAGUCUCCAUAGACAAUGAUGUCAUCGUUCCUGAUCUGGUAGGAGUCACUGAGAUUUUAAGUGACGAGCACAGGGAACAAUUGUGCCGACAUUUACCUGCCAGAGCGGAAGGUUACCUUUGGACGCUUGUCUUUAGCACAAGUCAGCAUGGAUUUAGUCUAAACAGUAUGUACAGGAAGAUGGCUAAAAUAGAAAGUCCCAUCCUCUUGGUAAUCGAGGAUACCGAAGGCAAUGUAUUUGGUGCAUUGACUUCGUGCUCUUUGCAUGUGAGCGAUCAUUUUUACGGAACCGGUGAGUCCCUUCUUUUCAAGUUCACGCCUAGGUUCCAGGCAUUCCAUUGGACUGGAGAUAAUCUCUAUUUCAUCAAGGGUAACAAUGAGAGUCUCGCCAUCGGUGCUGGAGAUGGCAAAUUUGGAUUGUGGCUGGAUGGAGAUCUUUAUCAAGGCAGGACACAAUCGUGUAGCACAUACGGAAAUGAACCAUUGGCGCCCCGAGAAGAUUUCGUAGUGAAAACGCUAGAAUGUUGGGCAUUCAUAUAGGACACAGCCUUGUAUUCUUUGUCUGCGAUUUCGCCCUCACCACAGCCUAAUAUGACUUGAAUCCCGAAUCUCGCGUGGAGGUUGAUCGUUGUCGAAAAAGUAUCAAAACAUAUGGAGGAUAAUUAUUAAUAUUUCUGAGAGACAUUUUUACCAGAGGAGAUUAAAAAAUCGAUUAACGGGAUUACCAGUUAGCUCGAUUACCGUCGAUAGAUUUUUAAACAGAAAUCCUAGACGUAUUUUGUUAAAAGUUAAUAGAAAACAUUGAGUGAGAGAGAGAGAGAAAAAAGAUAAUGGAAUUGUGAUUUUUAUAGAAAGGUAAUACAAAAAUUGAUAAAAGAGAAAAGAUAGAAGGAUAGUAAUGAUGAUAAUGAUGGAGAAAAACUGAAAGAAGGUCCUAACAAGUUAGGUCAGAAACUUUAAACUAAGGACUGCAAAUGACUAUAACUGAUCAAUUCGUUUAAUCGUUUGUUUUUCGUUUUGUUUUAAGUUGCGUAUUUAUUUUUUUUUAUAUAUAUAUAAAAUAUUCACGCAUAUAUAUGUUUCGUUGAAAGAAUCGUCGUUAUUUUAAUUAAUAAUUUUGAUUUCACAUAAUCGCGUGCCGUUUGAGUAAAAGAUCGAAGGAUCGACCACGAUGGCAUAAAUUUCUUACGUAUAAUAAUAAUGAGAUAAAAAUAAUAAUGAUGAUAAUGAUUAUUAUUAUGAUCGUGGUAUUGCCUUCGAACUAGUCGCGAGUAUAAUAAUAAUAUUAAUGAUAAUAGUAAUAAUGAAUCAUUUUUAGAGAUUAUGCAAUCGUUCAUUUGUUCCGAUGAUUGAUGAUAAUGAGUAAAAGAGAGAAUGAAAUGAAAGAGUGAAUGGUAAUCGAGAUUGAAAGGGAAAAUAAAUAUAUCUCUACGAUGGAGAGAAUCAAUAAUGAGAGAAAGACGAAAGAAAAUCAUGAAUCGAAUGAUGAUGUUGAUGAUAUAAUACUAUGAUACAAACACAACACUAUAAGAAUGCUAACCUAACCGUAUUUGUUGAUGUGUAGUUAUUGUAGAUAGAUAAAUGUAAAUAUAUAUAUUACGAAAUCAUUUAAGGUAAAAAAAAAAAAAAAUUAAUUUUAAUGAAGGAAGAAAAUACAGUAUAUAAUACCACGCUAAUCAAGAGAAACACACGUUGCAGAAGACACUCUGUGUAGUUUGUCUCACGUAUAUCCCGAAAGACACACACUGACUAUCUAUAUAUGUACACGAAACACGUACUGUGUACACACGAUUCGAAAAUAUUUGAACAACAUACAUCAAUCGAAUCGAUACAAUGAUACUCUGAAUGUAAAACGAUUCUAGAAUCUGAGAGCAAAAGUAGCUUUAGAAGAAGAUAAACAGUUCGUACUGAUCUUAUACGCGUUUAACAAUAUUACAGUGAUAAAGAUCGUAAAAGAGAUUAAAAGCAUGGUACCGAUUAUAUUAUUGACACGAAGAAAAGCGAACAGAUAGAAACAUGCGAAUAGAAGAGCAGCGCGUUCGCUUCUUGUGUCUCAAGUGACCACAACGAACACACGCCUGUGCCUCGCUUCGCUCUCUUUCUCUCCCUCUGCUAUAGAGCACACAUAUUUACACAUAGUACUUCAGUUUUAAUCUACGAAGUAAAGUAUCAGAGCCGAAGGAAAGAAAGUAUGUUAUUGUGAUGAUGCUCUUAUGUUUUUUUUUUUCAUAAGAGUUUCGCGCAAAACUCAGACAAUAAAAAAGAGUCUCAUCAUGGUAUUUUUUUUUGUUAUCCUAAUAACUUUCUCGUUCAAGAAAUGAAUCAGAAUACAUACCAUUUCAUAGCAUUUGCAGAUAGGCAUAUUAAGAAGAUGGUAUGUAAUUAUGUUUCAUUGAAAGAAGAGGAAGAAUUUUGCAAAAUAUUGUACCAUAAGUUUUCUAUACCGCGUCUAGCGUUUCGCUCGGCUCUGAAUAUCAAUAAAUCGAUAUCAAUCAUACACAACCACACACGACCAGAAAAAAUUAUCUGAGCUUAUAGUCUCUUACUAUGUGAAUUAAUUAGAAUCAAUAGACUGUCGCGAGAGAAUCUACCGUUUCUAUCGCUUUUUAAAUAUGAAUUUCUGUUUAUCAUUGAAAAAAUAGAAAAAGAAUGAAGAAAAAUGAAAAAGAAUGAUAGAUAUUAAGUAUUAUUUAACUAUAAAAGGAAACACACUUUUUAAGAAAAUUAGACAAAUUAGACAGAUGUAGAUUUUAAUCGAUUAUGUAAAUUGAUUUGUUUCUAAAUCAGAUCAAAAAAUUAGGUUUGAAAGCAAAUUUAUUUUGUACUAUGAAAAGAAUUUUCUAAUACUUUCACAACAAGACAUCGAGAAAAAAUAAAAAAUUGAAGCAUUUUAUACUGUAGUGAGACACACGAUUACUUCCAUUUUAUUAAAAACAAUUUCCUCUCGUAAUAUUUCUACGAUUUUCGACUUUCCAUAGAAUGCUGCUUUUUUAAAACUUAAUUAUAAAGUUUCUAUGAUGAAAUUAAUCGAAUAAAAUAAUAACCAUUCAUUGACUUUCAUUCGAGAAAAAACUUAAGAAAAGCAACAUAAUGCGAUAUAAUAGAAACUAUUGUUUCUACUAUAUUCAAUAACACAUGAAAUGAAGUUCGAAUAAAUGCAUAAAUAGAAAUAGGAGAGAAACGAAAAUCGUAAAUCUAAACGAGUACACUGUCCGUGCACUGGUUAUAAAACGCACUUUAAAAAAAAACUAACAAAUAAAAUCGUCGUUUAAAACGGAGUAAAUUUCAUUGAAUAAGCUUUUAAUCAAAGAAAAUAAGAAAAAUUAUUUAAAAAAAAAAAACGGGGAAAAUGCAGCUAUGAAGAGCACAAAAAUAUAUGUAUUCAAAUUAUGUAGCUAUCCUACAAGCUUCAUUAGAAAUAGUUUUCAAGUACAUUGUACACCAUCAUUGUCUAGACAUAUAAAAGUUUUAAUGUCUAUAAGAACAAAAAUACGUACUGUAUAAACGUACUUGUGAUACUAACGAAUUAAAAAAGAAGAACAAAGAAAAAACAAUAAAAUAAAGUUCGCUUCAAGUAUAUUAUUUAGGGCAGUUGUUUCUUUCGUGGCAGAGAAAAAGUUAUAAAAAUUAAAAAUAAAAGAUGUGUGAUUUUCAAUGGAAUUCUAAUAAUAAUGUGUAAUAUAUGUAAAUCAGUCAGGACAAUACAAACUAUGUAGAAUGUGAGAACAUUCUAGCAACGAUAAAGAGAGGAAAGAAAAAAA